GGUAACUGCGACUAGUGUCAGAUGAACGUCAGCUUCCAGAACCAUACACUCACACUGGGAUAACUUCACUCGCAGCCGGGGUUUUUUAUGGAACCUGCCUGACUCUAGUUGCAGUGUAUGAAUCGCUUGAGAAGGACUGAACGCAGUUGGAGCUGUUUUGGACCUUCAUCUACGCAUCUUCAGCCAACUGGAACCCACCUCUCAGUCUCACCCUUCUCCCUGUUCCCAGAAUGACCUUUAUCUUCUUAAGUGGAUGAGAUGCCUUGACCUCUCCCCUCCUGAACGAUGCCAACCCCAGUCUUUUGUUUGGGUACCAUGACUGCCCUCACCUCCACGACCCACAUGCCCGCUCUUGGCUGGAGAGGGGUGCUCAUGGGGAUGUUGAUGGCUGUGGCCGUGUCUGACUCACCUGUGGCUGGCAAGUCUCCUCUUGACUCCACAAGCCACUCACACAGAUCUCCAGAUGAUGUGCCAUCGCCAUCGUCCCGACCUGGUACCGUCUGGUUCACCCCAGAGCCAAGCCAUGAAACGACAGUUACCGACAGUGUGCUUUUUCAGACGGGACAACCUCUUGAAAUAUAUAAAUCUCUCAAGCCAAGUGACCUUGUUGUAGAAGAUCCACAGCCGUCUUUACGUCCUGUUGGAGAUGCAGUGGAAUCAAGUGCAAGACAAUCUGAACCUCCUGCAGACUGGCAGCUGGCCUGGUCGAAUUCUUCCAUGUCGGCUGCGAACCAUUCUUUUGUUACAGUGACCCCACAGCCCAGUCUGACUUCAGAGCCAAAGGUCCUUGAUGAAUCCAAACUAACCUCACUACCUGGUCUGCCUCUUGAACCCUAUCCAAUGACAGACUUUCCAUCAGAUGACUCUUACAAUUUAGGUCAUGCCUUACUUGAGCCUGGUAUGUACCAGGAUGACAACCACAUUCUGGCCCCAAGCUACCAUGUGCCUUUCAUCCCCAUCCAACCUACAUCGCCGUCAUCUGUGCCCACUGAGGUUUUCCCGGAAUACUUCUACCCGACCAACACCAUGGAUUUCGAUUGGGGAUCCGGAGAUUAUAUGGAGACCAUAUCCUACUUGAGUCCAGAUGGAGAUGACUACUCACCUCUGACGAAAGUACCCUCUGAUGCGUUUGACAAUGACGACUACACUGAAAAUUAUGAUACCUCCUUUCCUUCCCGGGUGGGAUUGUCACUAUCCACAUUGCCAGCUGUUCAUUUCACACCGAGCCUCACCCCCGUGUUCAACACCAUCCAUCCCUCGUCUCAUUCACCCAAUCAUCCGGCACUCUAUCACAAACUGGAACCCACACCGACUCUGUACUCUGACAUUGCAGCAACCUCAUACAUAGAAUGGUCCGAUCACUUCAGUAUUCAUCCAACUGAUGUUCUCCUGCCUGACAUGAACAGUUUGGAGUAUUACCACACUAGUCAGCUGGAUAAGGAAAACACGGCAGGCAGUGGGGCUGAGCACAGGGGGAACGUUACGGUGGUUUCUCUCAAUGCUACAACCCCAACACCGACCAAAACCAGUGAUGAUAACUCCAAGGAGGAUGAGGUUUCAGGUGCUGUAUCAGGGUUGGAGCCCUAUGAGGAAACGACAGCUGUGGCACCGGAUAGUACGGAAUCAGUCUCAGACGCAUCUCUCCAUGCAUCUGUAGAACCCUCUUCUGUUCUGUGGAGUAGUCAAACACCAAGCACCAUGGAUUGGUCUGCUGGAACUCCCUCACUUGCCAUUCACAGUAGCUCAGUUUAUACAUUAAAUAUACCUGAUGCUACAACGUCACUUCCGGAUGUCAUGUCCUCGUCGUCACUGAUGGACAUACAAUGGUUUCAGACCGAGUAUUUCCCAGACAGCACCUUAUCCAGUACUCCUGUGCUUACUUUGUCAACAAGCUUCACCUUCGUUUCCACUCCACAAGACUCUGUCACUACGGAUACCCCAAGUUUGAGCAGCUCCACUCCCAAUGUCACUUUGGCCCAACCAGUAAUGGUGGGGGAUGAGGGGACGACUAAAGAUGAAGCUGACGUGGUAACCUCAAUGACGAUGAUGCCAGGGAGCAGCGAGGUUAACACGCAGACUGCCGGCCCAACAACCACAACUGCCACCACAGGUUCCCAUCAAACAGCGAUUGCCACCACCAGGAGUGCGACGCAGACGAUUGCGCCGAGACAGUAUGUCUGCAAAAAUGACUACCGGGGAUAUCUAGUGAAGAUUGGUCUUCCCUCUGCUGUCACCUUGGCAUAUGCCAAAACUCAAGUAAAGAGCGCCCUGAGAGGAGAGUUCAACCAAUCCUUUGACAUACAGGUCACGGACCCACCACCCAUGUUUACAUUCCGAGUUGUGUCUGGUCCAGUUGUGUACACAUCCAUAUCAGUUGUGAACGUGCUGCGCCGAUCUGGACGUCGCUUCUUAUCUGUUUCACCGAACUGGACGGUGCCAGAUCACAGAUUCCAAGUCCACACGGUCCUGCAGUUUGUUCCGGGCCACAUUGACAUGCGAUAUUGCAACUUCAGUGAGAGCAUUGAGAGGGGUUUGACCAAGGCCUUUGCAGAAGUGAGACGCCGCCUCAAGGAGUCAACCAACUUCACGGUUCAUAUUUUGAACAUCACCAUGGCAGCCCCUAAAAAUCACCCAGCAAGGCCACCAGUGGACAUCACCUUCACUGUUCGCACAACCCGAGGGUUUCUAACAGGGUCAGAGGUCAGCGAUGCUCUCAUGAAACUCACCACGGUGGAGUUCAGCUACUACAUGGGUUUUCCCGUUCAGCAGAUUGCCGAGCCUUUUCAUUAUCCAAUGCUGAACACCAGCCACUCUCUUCGUUUCUCCUGGGUCAGAACAGUCCUCCUGGGGGUUCUGGACACCAAAGCUAGCGAGAGAACCUUCCAGGCCAACAUGGAGCGCAGGGUGGCCAUGUUGCUUGGCGAGGCCAUGGGGUUGGUCAGACGUGUGAAAAGAGCCACAACCGUUGGAAACAGCAGCGUACAGGUUGUGAGUGUGAACCAACUGGAAGGCGACGAUCAUCCACUGGAAGUCAUUUAUUUUGUGGAGGACCCCAGCGGGGAGCGAAUACCUGCAGUCCAAACAGCCAGCCUACUUAAUAGCCUCGAUGUCCAAAAGGCAGCCAUUGUGUUGGGGUACAGAGUUCAAGGCAUUUUAGCUCAGCCUGUGGAGAAAGUGGCCUUCUCUUCCUCUGACAAUGGAAAAGCCAACAUGUGGAUCAUCAUCGGGGUGGUGAUUCCACUCAUGGUGGUCAUUGUCAUCAUUUCUAUCCUCUACUGGAAAAUGUGUCGCACAGACAAGUUGGAAUUCCAGCCAGAUGCGAUGACCUCCAUCCAGCAGCGACAGAAGUCGACUACCUCACUGGAGGGGAGAAACAGUCCGUCUCACCAGUCUCUUCCUCCCACUAAGAAGGAUUUGGAAUUUAGUGAAGAAGAAGAGGAGUGGCAGUGUGAGGAAGAGGAGGAAUAUGAGGAGUAUAAUGAAGAUGAAGAGGAGGAUGAGGAGGAGGAUGAAAGGGGAAAGAAAUCACACACUCUUACCAAGAGUAGUAUGAGCAGUGAGGAUGAGGGAGAUGAAGAGGAAGAAGAAAUGAUAGGAAACCUGGGUUCAUCUCUGAACCCGAAACAGCAAAAUGGACCAGGCAUUGCUAAAACCAAGAAGUUGCAGACUCCCAGUGUGAAAGGCUUCGACUUUGCCAAGCUGCACCUCGGCCAGCACAAUAAGGAUGAUGUCAUGGUGAUCCAGGAAUCAAUCCCACCAGGCUCAGGCCCGGCCCCGCUGCCAUUGUCUCUGAAAGAUGGUCCGAGUCCACUAGAGAAUGGAGAGAUCCCUGUGCCUGUUUCCAAAAAAUCUGCCUCCAUUACCAAAGCAUCACGCAGCAGACUGGAAAGGAUCUCGCCAUCAGACGCAGAAUCUGUGGUAAGUGACCGCUCCUGUGAGAGAGAUGCGCCAGAGGAGAACCUGAGAGCCCAGGGCACGCCCAGCGACAGCAAGCAAAACAGAAAGAACCCCAUCAAUGUUUUAAAUGCCAAGAAUAGAAUUGGCCCUCCUCCUAUGAACGGCACAAGCGAGCCGCUGUCAUCAGCCUCCAUCUUCGAGCACGUGGACCGAAUGUCUCGAGCUACUGAUGCAAGCAGGAAACUCCCCAACAAAGUCCAGCUCAUUGCCAUGCAGCCCAUGCCUCUCUCAAACCUGCACAAGCCCGCUGCCAACGGCCACCUGCCCGACGCUAACCACAUCAACAAGGAGGUGGCUCUCAGACAAAAGUCGGAAAUCGAGCACCAUCGGAACAAGAUCCGCCUGCGUGCCAAGAGGAAGGGACAUUACGACUUCCCUGCCAUGGAUGAAGUGAACAACGGCUUUGGAGAUGUCAAGGAGAAGGAUCGUAUCUAUCAGAAGGCACAGCUGCAGAUCGAUAAGAUCCUGGACCCUAAUACUCAGAUGCCUUGCAUCUUUAUGGAGCCCAAGAAAAGCAGUGCGCGGGGGCGACGUUCCCCCAAACUGAGGACGAGGGAGCAGAUGAACGGCAGGUUAGCUGAUGCAGACAAGGAUCAUCUCAUCAAUGAAGAUGCUGAAGCUGUUUAUAGGAAAUGCCCAGGAGUAAACAACGUGGCGUUCGUGUCUGACCCAGACCAAAUGGCUGGAUCCCCUCACAGGAGCCCAUCCCCCACAGACGACGUCUUCCUCGGUCCCACUUCCUCUCCUCCAGGUCAUGCCCCUCCCCCUCCCCCCUACAUGCCUCCCCAGCCCUCCAUCGAGGAAGCUCGGCAGCAGAUGCACUCGCUGCUGGACGACGCCUUCGCCCUAGUGUCGCCGACGUCUCAGUGCAGCACAGCGGGCAUCACUCUACCGGGGGUCCACCUCUCUGACUCCAGCCCCCCAGGACGGAACAACAGACACUGGGGCCACUCUUACCAGAGUCCAUUCCCCAGCAGGUUCUCCGAGUUGAGUCUGUCUCCUCCUGCAGUCCAGGGCCUCAUGCAAAGGCAGGGACUUGGCUCCAGCUUCCUGCCACCCGGAGAACCAGCAGGGCUAGGAGAGCAACUCCAGUCCGACAGCCUGUACACCAGCAGGGGGCACUACGCUGAGGAGCUGACCUCUUCUGCGAGACCACGGCCAGUAGGGGGCAGCUCAGGUGCCCAGCUUCAUCACCUCACGCAGGUGGGCCUGUCCAGCAGGAUGAAUGGGUUCCCAGCAGGGGUCAGAGGUCAUCAAGGACAGAAUGGAGUCGCUGGCUGGAGCAGUUUCCACGAUGACGGAUUCUCCAGAUCCGUCCCUGAAAAAGACACCCUCCUGGACUUCCCUUACUACCCACCCCGCUCUAUCUUCCAGACGACCCGGAGCGGCGCCAGAGAACCAUCUGCCCCGCCCGUGCACCUGGACACCAGCGCUAGCUACAUGUCAGCCCCGCCUCCUAUGGACACCAUCCCACCCCCCCACUCCUCCGCAUCUCUGAUCAAAGCCAUCAGGGAGGAACUGUCCCGUCUGUCCCAGAAACAGGCCGCCGUGUCCGGCUAUCGGAGCUGAAGCCGUCGCUUUGGUGAUUUACCCAGUCCUGACACUGAGCCACGACAAAUGCUUCCUAUGGAAGUUUGAGGCGCAUCAGCAGUUGAGAAGAUGAACCUCUACAAUAGGAUCUGAAUCGCAGUAUCUAUGAACGACCAGAGGAUGGACAUAGCCAGCUGAUGGAUGCAAAGUCACUUUCAGUAUCAGAAGAGUCUGCCAGUACAGCGUUCUCUCCAGUAGUUUUGGUGUCGAGCCUCCAUAUUGGACCCUGAUCCUCUUCAGUAGUUCAUCAAAAUGCAGGUGCAGAAGACCAGUACUGUACCCAGCAGUAGUGUUUCAUCCCGCUAAAUCAUGUGUUCAUCAUCUUGUCAUGAGCCUGUCCCAGCUACAUAGGACGGGACUCCUUGAACUGGUCUGAAAGAUGUAAAUAUCCUGUGAAGGAAUUGAACAUCCUGCUUUCCCAAAGUCGCAGUGCCGAGAGCCGUCUUCACCAACUGCCAUAGAUCAUAAAAGAAUCAUUAUAAAGGAAUAAUUUAUGCUGAGAGAACACUGGAGGAGAGUCACAUACACGGCUCCACAAAACCAGGGAAAAGCCGAGUUCAACAGCAAAACAAAAAUGAGUAGGAUGAGGUUAAAAGGAUGAAUAAAAAUUGAACAUUUUUGUGUGAAAUCUCGAUAAUAAAUUAAUAUAUAAACAUUGUAGACCAGUGGUGGGUUGAUGAGGUUUCAUGAAGCCUCGUUUUUUGAGCUCAGUAGGUGGCGCUCUUAUAAAUUAUGUGAGGUACUUACUAGAUUUUAAAGCAGAGAGUGCCAUCUAGUGGAAAAUGAGCACACUCUUCCAUGUAAUCUCAUCAACUAGUCCUGGCUAUUUCAUUUUUAAAUUGACUUAUUGUGGAUCACUAUAUCCCAGUUUGAGCUGACAAAGUAGUUGGUAAAUGACCUUUUAUAUGCCAUAACCUAAAUGACUGAGGAAGAACAUAAACUGACAUUCUGGUGGGGCAUUUGCAAAUGAACUUUUCAGCCAUCUUGAGCAGCUGAACUGGAGUUCUGGAUGGUGACAUUUGCAAUCCAGGUGCGAACACACCACUUGUAUUACCACGGACUCUAUGUGCUGGUAUUUCUGUGUGAAUUAUCAUCUGACUGGUGGAGAACGGAGAAGUAGUUUGUCCUGUGGAUCAGGAACAACGCCGUGAUUCCUGAUACUGACCGGUGAUUCACUCAUCAGUGCUAUACGCUUAAGAGUUUCUUCAUGGUUUUGUUGUUCGUCUGCACCGUCAGAUCUUCUGAGCCAAGUUCUGCCUUCACUGUGACGUCACAGAGCCUGUACUCGGAUUAAAACCUGCUCUGCUUUAUAUAUGACUUUGUACCAGGAAGAUAAUUGGCCUUGUCAACAUGAGGCAGUAACUUUAUGUACAUUAGACUGUCUGACAAAUAUGUUUGUUACUGGCUAUUUACUGGAUCACCGUUUCUGUUUCAUGCAGUAUUUAAAUAUUUGCCUUUUUGUUAGUAAAAAAACAAAAAGGAAAACUGUACUUGUCAUCCUUUGUGUAUAUGAACCAGGAUUUAUUACCUCCUCAAUGCAUGACAAACAUUUAACUGUCCAAUAUGAUGUUGCCACGGUGAGUUAGAACGGCAUUAACCCAAAGAUGGAACAUUACAAGAAACUCUGAGUCGAGCACUCGUGUCGUUUGGCUCCCCCUGCUGGACAUUCUAAGUUUAUGCUUAGUCUGUGUUCGUGUCACUGCCCUAUUCAGUUGGCGGGUCCCGCUAAAUGUUUGUCGCAUGUUGCACGUUUCGCCAUUGUGUAUUUG